UUGAUACUUUUCCACUUCAGAUACUGGUCUAGGUCUCUUGAUAUAGAACUCUUCAAUGACAGAGUGGCUACAGGACUAAUCUAUCUACAAGCCAGGGUCGAAGAGCGUCGACUCAAGACAUCAACCGCCAGUUCGAAUCUCUCCAAAGAAUCUGUUAUUGCUUUGGGAGCCAAGACUGCGAAAAAUGUUACAGUGGCUGCCAUUUUGGCCGAUUCCAAUUCCUUAGACUAUGGGCAAGUCAUUUCAGCCACUAAGCAGGGUCUGGCGGUCACAGAGACACGUCCUAAAUGCGAAACUAACACGAGCUACGGCUUUUUACUUCCUUCAGUCAAUUCAAGUUGCCAGAGUUUAAGCGUCUACAAAGCAGGCCAAAGUACAGCAAAUCUGGAUAGGGAUUCAGAGUUGUUGAAUAAAAUGAAGGUGAGUUGA